AUGUGGUUUAAUUUUUUGGUUUUUGUUAUGUGUAUUUUUGGUGUACAGUCGACUGUGGUGGAUUUAUCGCACAGAGGAUUAAAAAAAGAAACUUUUUUCGUUAAUAUCCAGCAACAACUAAAUCUUCAUGAAGUGACGGAUUUAAUAUUAAAAGGAAAUCAAUUUGACAGUUUCCUCGAUUGUUCGACGAAUCUAGAUCACUUAAAAUCGUUAGAUCUAGCAGAAAAUCAUUUGCAAAGAUUUUUCUUUCUCUGCAAAGAAGAGUAUAAUUUGGAGUAUUUAAACGUGAGUCACAAUCAUCUGGAAUACAUCGACGAUUUCGCGUUUAAUAAUCGAACGUCUAAAUUAAAAUUGCUCGAUCUUUCGUGGAACAAAUUGAGUGUCAUCAAUGAAACUAUGAUCGAACAUAUGAAGAUCCUGGAAUAUUUAUCAAUAGCGCAUAAUCCUGUUGAUAAUAUCCACGAGAACGCAUUUAUAAAUCAGCAACAUUUAGUGCAUCUAGACAUGAGUAACGUCUCAGCUUCAUUUAUCCCAAAUUCAUUACUAAGACCGCUGACGAAGCUAUCAUUUUUGAACAUUUCGUUCAAUCCAAUCGAUACUUUGCCUUUUUUACCAGCAUUGUUGACAGAACUUGAUAUCUCGGGUACAAAUAUUCUAUUCAUCAGCGAAAUUUCGUUGCCUCAUUUGUCGCGGUUCCAUUUGAACCACAUGCCGAAUGUAACAAAAGUUGUAUUAAACGACUUCGAAAAUAUUACCAUGUUGGAAGUAUUGUCAUUUGAGAACUGCAAAAUGCUUACGGGAUUCCGAAUCUGGCCUCCUAAUAGCAGACUUUUACCACAUCUGAGGUACUUGUCUUUAAAAGGAAGUGCUCUGGAGACAUUGGAUGAAAAUCUGAGACCGAUUUUGCAGAGAACGGCUGUAGUUGAUCUUCAAAAUAAUCCAUGGCACUGCGAUUGUAGGAUGCAAUGGAUCAAUCGAUUAAAUCUUUCCAACGAUCUUAGUCGUGAAAUCAGAUGUAAAACACCAGAAGAGCACGCGAGUAAAUUAUUAUCAGCAAUACCAAACCGCGAGUUAAUAUGCGUUGAAAUAUUAAGCUCAGCUUAUCUAGCAAUAUGGGCAUCAAUAUCGAUCAUAAUACUCGCACUCACCCUUGCCGGAAUGUACCUCUUAUGGCGAAGUCCUCUCCGGCAAUGGAUUCUCCCGAAACGCGGGGGUGACACAGUUUCAUAUAAAAAUGUAAAGGAGUCCUCAAACGAUUUGAUAAGAAUUCUAGUCACCGAUGACCACACCGAAGAUUGA